AUGGAGGAGGCGGCCACAUCGCCCACGGCGGUGGUACGGGGCUGCUGGUCGUCGCUCCCGGCCGACCUUCUCCGCGACAUCCUGGCGCGGCUGCCGUGGUCGAGCCACAGCCACCCGAGCUUCGCGGCGACGUGCGCGCACUGGCGCUCCGCCGUGGCCCCCUUCUACCCGGCGUGGAUCACCCCGGUCCUCCUCAGCGCCGCCGACGUCGGCUCAACAAACCUCCGCUUCUACAGCCCAUACUACCACAAGAACUUCCAACUCGACGAGACGCUGGAGUCGCCCAACGCCAGGAUCUGCUGCGCCAAUGGCCGACACCUGAUACUCUACCAGAGCGUGGCGGAUAAAAACGUCGUCGUCGACGCGAACCUGGUGACCGGCGACAUCUACGACUUUUACUUGCCAGAGAGCACCAGGUUCCACUUCGUUGCCGUCUACGACGGCGGCGCCGGCAAGCAGCAGGUCAUGUUCGGCGUCCACGCCCACGUCCUCCUCCAGGCCGCUCGCUCCCUACGGCCCCCCAACGGCCAAGGGUGGUCCGCGUGGGAAUUCUCCGAGCUCGACCCAGAGGGGCCAGAACUCGCAGUAUCGCCGAGGACGAACCCCGUCCUCCACCAUGGCUUGCUAUAUCUGCUGGGCGUCGAUGGGAAGCUGGCGGUGCACGACGACAGCCGGCACAGCGAAGGGUUCCAGCUACUCGACAUGCCUGCAGGCUUUGGUUUUCAGUGUGAUGAUGAUGAAUCGCAUCUGUUCGAGUCCGAUGAAGGUGAGCUCAUGGCCGUGCUCAUUGGGCGCCGCCGUGGGUCGCCGGUGCAGGUCGUCAGGCUCAACGAGCGUAGCAUGGAGUGGGAGAAGGUGGAGAGCCUCAAAGGACGGGCAUUGUUUACCGGCACACUCACCACGGUGAUGGUGAAGACCGGCGUUAAGUGGAUGCAGGACAAGAUCUUUGUUCCGAGGCUACACGAAUGGCCUGAGACGAUCCACGCUGACCUCGUUGACAGGGAAGGUGAACUAGCCUUUGUUCCUAAAUCUACGGCGGCGGCACAGGGUCGUCGUGCCGCAUGUGGCAAGGGCAUAUGGACCUGUGCAUUGCCUCCACAAGAAUCGUCAGUGUUUUGGGAGACUAUAAAUGUUGAUUAUAGCAUUUGGGUUGAUCUUAGAAAUUGA